UUGGAACAACAAACCACAUUCUAUUGAUGGAACAAUCAGAGAUAUCAAAGCACAUAUACACAACUGGAUUUCUUGCAAGUUGCAACACAAAUAGAAAGGAAAUACAAUUUGACAUUGAAUUAUUUGAACAGGGACUCAUGCCACACAUACACAAGAACAGCCGCCUAAAAGUAGUCAAAUGGGUUAUUACCUCUAAUGCCGAUCUAUGCCUCAGUGUGGACGCUGCUUUUCAACACAAGAGAACUGGAGGAGCCAUUUUACGUUAUAGGAAGGGGACCCUAUUAGUAAUAGGCUAUUACUAGCAUUCAGCUUCCCAACAACGGCCUCCACUCCAUUACAAGCAGAGAUGCAAGCCACGCGACAAGAAUAACAACUAGAAAAAGGUCAUAAAUCAUUUGAAAUACAAACUGACUCAGAACAGAUUUACAAAGCUUGCAAAGGAUCCAAGAGACCCGAGACCUUUGCUCCACGAAACAAUUGACUAUCACACACAUGUUCCGAGAAGGAAAUCAAACCGCUCACAGUUUGGAUCGUGAAGGCCUGAAAUCGGACUCACUGACCUUCUACAACGAACGACACCCACCACACGACGUCAGGCUGGCUUACAAUGACGACCUCAAGGAAGAAGAAUGUUUAGCGACUCAG